AUGGCGACAGCGUACUCGUCACUGCAUCAGGUCAAGCGAGUACAGCUGCCUCCACAGCAGACAAAGCAGAAACCUCGCCCCAUCCCUCCCCCACUCCUCUCCGCGCCGUUGCCGCUCAGCAGCUCCGGGGUCAGCAUGCCGGUACCCGACCCGCUCGCGACGUCGCGGACAUCCAGCCUGGCCGGCCGGAAACGGGCUCGCGAAUCGGACGGAGCGGACGCGAAGAUUAUCCCUCGGCGCACCAAAUCGGUCGGCGGACCGUCCACCUCCGAGCGCGAUGGAGCCAAGUCGAAAGAUCGCGAGGCGUUCCAGAGGGGUCUCAUUGCUGUCUUUGUCUCAAAGGCUCUGGGCGAGUCCGCUCGGGGCAUCAUGGGCAAUUAUAAUGAUCUGCUCGCGUCGUUCCUCCCUACUCCGCUCGUACCGGUCCCACCGCUCGGUCCGCUCUUACCGCUCAUCCGGUCGCUCACAGCGAACGUCAACCUUCUUUCGCCGACACUACACGGACGGCUCGUGACGGCCAUCAUCAAUCUGCCGUGGGCGGCGACAGAGGAGCGCUUCGUCAAGGCCUACAUAGGCUGGGCGGGCGUUCUCAUCUCGGCUCAUCCGGACUGGACGAAGGAGGUGAUCGGGAUGGCUGUCAGAGGGCUCACAUGGCAACCACCACUGCAGUCCUCGUCGACCCCUUCGCCUGUCGCCCGCCGCACCUCACACGCUCGGCAUCACCUCCUCAUCACACACCUCCUCGCGCUCAUCCCUACGCUCCCCAACCUCCUUUCACCUCUCCUCAUCAAGCACUUCCCAAAUAAGCGCGAACGCGAAGUUGCCCAGAUCACGUACCUCCGUAACAUCUGCGAAGUGUCGGACUACUGCCCCGAGCUCAACGCCCGGAUAUGGGAUGCGGUGAUCGAUCGGAUGCUGCGGAUCGAUGUGGAGAUCACCCGGGCGGUGGAUGCGGAGGAUGACGAUGACGAAGAGGAAGAAGAUGAGAGGCUGGCGGAGCUGUGUGCCCCCAGCGAUCUCCGAGGGGAUCCGUGGGACAAGUCGGUGCUGGAGGAUGUGACUAGAGAUCCUAGUAUUGAGGACCAGCGGGAGGAUGAGGACGAUGACGAGGAGCUGGAUCUGGACAAUCUGUCAUCGGAUGGGGAAGGCGGAUCGGACGAUGAGGGUCCGACGGACGAGGCGAAGUCUGCUCUGGCGAGGGCAAAGAAGAAGCUGCAUUUGCUUCUGAUGCGGAGGAAGCUGGACGGGAUGCUGGUAUACUUCUUCCGCCAUCUGGAGGAGAGUAUGGGGUACCGCAGUGCCUCGCCACCCGCUUUCGAGUUUGCGGCUUCGACUCUCACUGCGCAGUCCUCCGGCCGCUCCACACCCGCCAACGAGACGCCUUUACCCACCCCUCCCAUCCACUCCGCCACGCGCCGGCCCUCUACAUCACCCGCGCAAAGCCUGGCGUUCUUCCAGACUCUCCUCAAUCUUUUCGCUCGCCAAAUCCUACCUACAUCCGCAACGCAGCACAUCCCCUUUCUCCUCUUUCUCUGCUCCUCCUUCUCCCCCGCGCACACCGACCUCUUCCUCGGCCUCCUCGUCUCGCACUCGCUCUAUGGAACGAGCACGACCCCUGGUGCCCAAAUCCUCGCCCAGCCUGUAUCCCAGAACCAGCGCGUGGCGGCCACGGUCUAUAUAGGCUCUAUCGUCUGCCGCGCCCGAUUCGUGCACGACGAACAGGCACGGCAGGUGAUGACGUACCUGUUGGCGUAUAUGGAGGGCAAGAUGCAGCAGUCCAAGAUGUUGGCGAAGGUGGAUGAGCUCCCGCUGUUCUAUGCGGUAUGCCAGGCGGCGAUGUUGAUCUUUUGCUUCAGGUGGAGGGCGUUUCUCGCGCUGGAAAAGGAAGAUGAGGUGGUUGGGGAGAUGGAGAUGGAAGGGGAGGAGGGCGGGAUGGGGGAUGAUGGCAAGUGGAUGCGCGAGCUGGAAGUUCUGCAAAGGGCUCUGACGAGCGAGCUGAACCCUUUACUUGGCUGCAACCCCACUAUCGUCCAGACAUUCGCUAAAGUAGCACACCAAACGAACUUCGCAUACUGUUACUCCAUCCUCGAAUCGAACGCUUCUGCUGCGCGAUCCGCCUCGUCCAAUUCCCUCAACUCCCUCGCCCGACCACCACACUCAACAUUCAAUCGUACCCUUUCCACCCCUACCUCCUCCUCAUCCGGAACAUUCACUCAGCCCUUUGACAAGUUCCGCAAAUCCACUACAUCCUCAUCCACACCCGCAAACCUAGCCGCUCCCCGGAUAGCCCGACAAGUCAACAUUGACGCCGGCCGGGACUCGUACUUUCCUUUUGACCCAUACGACCUUCCUCGGUCCGGCGCGAGUAUCGAGAAGCUGUACAGAACAUGGAGGGAGGUGGCUGUCAAGACGGAUGGGGAUUCCGAUGAUGACGACUCGGACGAAGAGACGGGGACGGGCGUCUCGGACGAAGAGGACGAGGAGGAUGAGGAAGAGGAGGAUAUGAUGGGUGACUCGCCAUUGUCUGAUCAUCUUUCGCCGAGGAUCAUCCCGAAGGCGGCGGGCGGGAAGACGAAGGGGCUCAGUUCGUCUGCGGAUAGAAGGAGGAUGUUGAGGGCUGGAGGAGAGCUGAGCAGUAGCUUUGACGGGAUGAGUAUCAGCCCGAGAUUCGGGGGCGUGCUUGGUGGGAAGAGGCCGUGA